CCGAUUAAUGUAAUCUGUAGACUGUAUAAAUUCAUCAUAUUGCAAAACCUUUAAAUGGAAUUAAGUUCUUUAAAUCCAUUCAUUUAAAUUCUUUACUUCGACGUGUGGUGUACAGUCCUUGAUUCAAAGUUAUUUUGGAUUUUAUUUAUUUGAUAAAAAUCAAGUGUUAACUAUUUUUCUUUUUAACUAAAAUUAAUGUUUACAAAUUAUUUCCAAAAUGAAUAACGAAGAUCAUAAAGUUUUGGCUCACAGGCAACAUGUUAAAUACUUUAUGCGAUUUUUAAAUAUUUUACCCUCAUCAUUAUCAUCUCAUGAUACAACAAGAGUUACUAUAGCAUACUUUUCCGUAUCUGGUCUAGAUGUCUUGGGCUCCAUUUCAUCAAUAUCUAUAGAACUUCAAAGAAGGAUAGUAGAUUGGUUAUAUCAAUUGCAAGUCCAUCCAGACAAGGAUACUGGUGACAUGUCCGCAUGUGGCUUCCAAGGAUCAUCGACGGUGAACAUCGAUUUGAGUUCCGAGAACAAAAUGUACCGUUGCGGUCACCUUGCGAUGACGUACACCGGUCUCUGCGUGCUGUUGGCAUUGGGAGACGAUCUCUCAAGGCUUAAUCGUAAAGCAAUAGUGGAAGGUGUAAAAGCCUUGCAAACAAAGGAAGGUAAUUUCUCAGCAACACUUUCAGGCUGUGAAUCUGAUAUGCGAUUUGUAUAUUGUGCUGCAUGUAUUAGCUAUAUACUCAAUGAUUGGUCUGGCUUCAACAUAAAGAGGGCUACAGAUUAUAUUAUAAAAUCAAUAGGUUAUGAUUAUGGAAUUGCCCAAUGUCCGGAGCUGGAAUCUCACGGAGGAACAACAUUUUGUGCCCUAGCAACACUUAGUUUAACUAAUCAGUUAGACCGACUAAGUGAAGAGCAAAUAGAAGGUCUUAGAAGGUGGUUAUUGAUGCGCCAAAUAGACGGUUUCCAGGGCAGACCGAACAAACCAGUUGACACCUGCUACAGUUUUUGGGUCGGAGCAUCUUUAAAGAUUUUGGACUCCUUGAAUCUCUCUAACUUUUCCAAUAAUAGAAAUUAUGUAUAUGAAACUCAAGAUUGUGUGGUUGGCGGCUUUUCAAAAUGGCCCGACACUUGCACCGACCCAAUGCAUACAUAUCUAGGUUUGGCUGGCUUGAGUCUCAUUGGCGAGAGUGGAUUGUUAGAAAUAGUUCCCACAUUGAAUAUAACGAAACGUGCUCACGAUCAUUUGAAAUCACUACACGAACAAUGGGCGGGCGGAUCAUAGCUAUAAAUAAUUUUAAAUAUACACGAAGUUUGUCCCGGUGUUGCCAUAUCAAAAAAUGUUACAUUAAUUUUGGCGGCGUCGAUUCGCUUUCAAUUAAAAUUUUGCCUGAAGUUGUUGUAUUGCCACCGUUGCUGUUAUAUUUUGCGUGAGUUGUUAGUACUUAAAGAGUUUAGGUAAUUAGGUGCUAAAUCAAUAUGAAUUAAGUGUUAUAUGAUAGAUUUUAUAAUGUGAAACAACGACAUUGUAAUUUUAUUCUAUUUUAAGAAAGCGGGAGUUUCGAGUAGAUAAGAAGGUUUUAAAAUAGAUUUAAUCGUGAUAAUCCAUUUGUGUCAAUUGCAUCGAUCUUAUUUUAAAAAUUUAGCUUAUUCACAAACGAACUCCUGAUUGGAGAGGUUUCCAAUGUUUUUUUUUUCAGUUUUUUUUAUCAUUAUCGUCAAAUUAACUCGCUUUUUAUUUAAAUAGAGUAAAAUUGAUAUGAAUUAUAAAUUAUUCAUUUUUUA